AUGGUGCCCUCAACAAGUAAUAAGUCGGGACAAGAGAGGACACAACCCCACACCUUGAAUUUACAGAGCCCUCCAGCUUUAUGUGAAGAAGUGCCUACCACAAGUGAUAUGCCGGAACAAGAGAGGGUACCACCCAACACCUUGAGUUUACAGAGCCCUCCAGCUUCAUGUGAAGAGGUGCCUACCACAAGUGAUAAGUCGGGACAAGAGAGGGUACCACCCCACACCUUGAGUUUACAGAGCGGUCCAGCUUCAUGUGAUGAGGUGCCUACCACAAGUGAUAAGCCUGGACAGGAGAAGGCACCACCCCACACUUUGUCUUUACAGAGCCCUCCAGCUUCAUGUGAAAAUGGUGCCACACAUCAGCUUCAUGAUAAGCCGAGACAAGGGAGGGUACCACCCCACACCUUGAGUUUACAGAGCCCUCCAGCUUCAUGUGAAGAGGUGCCUACCACAAGUGAUAAGCCGGGACAGGAGAGGGCACCACCCCACACCUUGUCUUUACAGAGCCCUUCAGUUUCACAUGAAGAGUUGCCCACCACAAGUGAUAAGUCGGGACAAGAAAGGGCAUGCCUACACCACAAGUCAUCCACAAGUGAUAAGCAAGGACAAGAGAGGGCACCACCCAACACCUUGAGUUUACAGAGCCCUCCAGCUUCAUGUGAAGAGGAGCCUACCACAAGUGAUAAGGGCAUCACCCUACACCAUAGCCCUCCAGCUUCAUGUGGAGAGGAGCCUACCACAAGUGAUAAGCCGAGACAAGAGAGGGUACCACCCCACACCUUGAGUUUACAGAGCGGUCCAGCUUCAUGUGAAGAGGUACCUACCACAAGUGAUAAGCCGGGACAGGAGAGGGCACCACCCCACACCUUGACUUUACAGAGCCCUCCAGCUUCAUGUGAAGACACUACCAUUACUGAGUCAGAGGAAGAAGAGAGUACUUCUGAUGAGGAUAUAUCAUCCUCCACGUGUGUUAAAGGUGUUAAGAGAAAGAGUUAUGAAGAUGAUGUGCUUAUUUCAUCUACAACUAAUAAGGGCAUUGACAAGGAUCUUGUAGAGAAUUCUGACAGUGACGUGUCUGAAGAGAUCCCUUACCUUCCACCAUUAGGUCCAUUAUGUAACCCACAGUCCAAUGAAAAUGAUGCAUCUUCUUCAGAGUCUGAUAGUGACAUAGACAUUGUUGAGGAGGAAAUUAUCAGAGAUAUUACUUAUCCCUCAAUCUUUAUUAGAAAAACCAUCUCUUCAAAAACAACAAAAUCUGGAAAAUUUAAAAAAUCUGACCGUGUUUACAAUACUAGACACUUCUGCCCAUUUUGUUACAA